CCUUCACCCUUCUUUUUUUCUUCCGGCAUCUAAAAAUGGCUGGCAAUUUGCCUACUCAGCUUAUAGUGUACUGCUCUUUCUAAUGGGAAAAGUUGAUUUUUUUAGGGUUGUAUUUCAGGGUGAUAAGACAACGUUCUUCCCUGGUGAAGUUAUCCACGGUAAUGUUAACGUUAAGGUAAACAGCGAUCUUAAACUUCGCGGCAUUCGAGUGGAAUUCCACGGGGAAGCGAAGGUCUACUUGUCUGGCGGAGAUCAUAGGAGAAAGCGCCCAGCCAAUAGUGAAGAGUACAUUAACCUGGUAGCCACUUUGUAUGGGAAAGCACCUGAGCAGUCUGGUGAAAAUCCAGUGCUAGGGCCUGGAGAGUACAGCUUUCCAUUCCAGUUUCACAUGCCAAGUGAUAACCUACCAACAUCCGUUGAAGGAAACUUUGGUCAUGUGCGAUACUGGCUUAAAGCUUUCAUCGAUCGUCCAUGGAGAUUUGACAUUACAACAAAAUCAGUGUUCACUGUUAUUGAACGUGUUGACAUAAAUCUAACACCAGGCUUAUUGCAACCUUGUCAAGUUGAAAAAGAACAACAGUAUGGAUUUGCUUGCUUGGCUGGCCCUAUAAAUGUGACUGUUCAAACAGACAGAGGAGGUUACUGUCCAGGGGAAUCUAUUGCAUUUUCAGCAUUCAUUAACAACCAAUCAGGCUGCGGACUCAGUGGGGCAGAGAUUAUUCUGUAUCAAAUUUCAGUCUACACAAUUAAGGGUGGUAUGAGUUCAGGUAAAACAUCAGGAAAGCGUGUAAAUGAAAUUGUGGCUUCAUUAAAGAGAGAUGAGAUCAGAGGAGUUGGAGAUCAUCACCUGGAGAUGGUACCACUUAAAAUUCCCUCCCUUCCCCCCACAAUGUCAAGUUGUAGCUGUAUUAAGAUAUCAUAUGAAGUGAAGUUCAUCCUCCAUGUCAGUGGAUGGAGAGCAAAGGACCUUAUUCUAUCAGUUCCAUUAACAAUAGGCUCUGUACCUUACCAACCACCAGUUCUUCCAACAUCUGUGGAACCCUCAGCUCCCCCACUCUCCCCUCCCCCCUACUCUGAAGGUCAGACAUACCCUGGUGUGGUUCUUCCAUCGUACGCAGAAUGUGUGUAUGGUGGGGUGUCUGUUCGUGACGAGAAUGAUUCCAACGACAUGAUGAGUGACUCAACCUUCACUCCAAUGUAUCCGUUUGUUAGCCAUUACGAGGUUCCCUCUGCUGCAAGCCAAGACUCUGCUACUGUGGCUGCUGCUCAACAGCCACAAGCCUCAUCUAGUAAAGUGCCUCUGCCUUAAAUUUGAACAUUUGUACAAU